AUGAAGCGGAAGCUCGAACAGAACGACACUCCAGCAGUCGUCGAAGAAGGCGUUGCGCCAGAGACGCCAUCCGCUGAGAAACCCAUCACUCCCGCUCCCGCUCCCGCCGCCGCGACGGAGCCGAUCUUGUCAUUCACCCAGCUUGGUCUCGACCCGCGACUCAUCCAAGCCGUCGCACAACAGAAAUUUGAGAAGCCGACGCUCGUCCAGCAAAGGGCGAUCCCAAUGGCGCUCAAUGGUCAGGAUGUCCUGGCAAAGGCGAAGACGGGGUCGGGCAAGACGGCCGCAUACCUGCUUCCCGCCCUGCAGGCGAUUCUGAAGCGGAAGCAGUCUGCGUUCACUUCAGUCCUCAUCCUCGUCCCGACUCGCGAACUUGCCGACCAAGUCGCCAAGGGCAUCGCCCAGUUCUCGUCUUUCUGUGCCAAGGAUGUCUCUGCCGUCAAGCUAACCGACAAGGUGUCUGACGCUGUCCUGCGCUCUCUCCUCUCCAACACCCCCGACAUUGUCGUCUCAACACCGGCCCGAGCAUGGCACGCCGCCAGCAACGACUUCCUCUCUCUCUCAAAACUGACGCAUCUCGUUCUCGACGAGGCUGACCUUGUGCUUUCUUAUGGUUACAACGAUGACCUGGAGCAGAUCUCCGGAUCCUUGCCCAAGGGCGUCCAGACGAUCCUAAUGAGCGCGACACUCUCGACCGAGGUCGACACCUUAAAGGGCAUGUUGUGCAGGGACCCAGUCGUUCUCAACCUGGAGGAGAAGGAGGCUGAGGGCGAGGGUGUCUCUCAAUACAUUGUCAAGUGCGCCGAGGACGAGAAGUUCUUGUUAGCCUACAUCAUCUUCAAGCUGAAGCUGGUCACUGGAAAGUGCCUUGUGUUUGUCGCUGAUGUCGACCGUUGCUACCGCUUGAAGCUGUUCUUUGAGCAGUUUGGAAUCCGUAGCUGCAUUUUGAACUCGGAGCUCCCCGUCAACUCCCGGAUUCACUGUAUCGAGGAGUUCAACCGCAACGUCUACGACAUUAUCAUCGCGUCCGAUGAGCACGAGCUCCUCGGUGAUGAAGACCAGCCGGCCGACGAUGCCAAUGCUGCUACUGGUGAUGCCAACGAGGCCGCGCCAAAGAAGAAGAAGCGCAAGACCAUCAAACGCGACAAGGAGUUUGGUGUGUCGCGUGGCAUUGAUUUCAAGAAUGUGCGCGCUGUCAUCAACUUUGACUUGCCAACAUCGUCCAAGUCGUACACGCACCGCAUAGGCCGCACGGCCCGCGCAGGCCAGACCGGUAUGGCAUUGUCGUUUGUGGUCCCCUCCGAACAGUACCGGAAGCACAUGCCGACGACCGUCGAGACAGCCGAGAAGGACGAGAAAGUGCUCGCGCGCAUCAUGAGACAGCAGGCAAAGGUUGGCAAGGAGGUCAAGCCGUACGACUUUGACAUGAAGCAGGUCGAGGCCUUCCGCUACCGUAUGAACGACGCGCUGCGGUCGGUCACCAAGGUGGCGGUGCGUGAAGCGCGGAUGCGUGAAAUCCGGCAGGAGCUGCUGAAGAGCGAGAAACUGAAGCGCCAUUUCGAAGAGAACCCGGACGAGCUGCACCAUCUGGCACGUCACGACUCAGAGCUUCGCACGAUGCGCACGCAGUCACACCUCAAACAUGUGCCUGAGUACCUGUUGCCGCGUGAUGGCAAGAACGCGCUGACGCCUGCGCAGGUUGGCUUUGUGCCACUGCGGAGGACAGACGGCAAGGACCGUCGCAAGUCCAAGUACUACAAAAACAGCAAGGGCAACAAGACCUUCAAGGUUGGCGGCAGCAAAGGACGGAAUCCGCUGCGGACAUUCAAGGGGAAAUCUAAGAAAUAG